AUGGCUCCGACGACCAUAACCCUCCCUGCGGACUCUAACCAGGCACUGGGAAUUGCGCAGUACGCGCUCGAUUUCAUCUCUGGAAAAUAUGGCGACAACAUCGAUGCCACGGUGUGGGAGAGGAUCGAGAUGUUCCACACGGAUUCCGUGAUGUGCGGCAUCUCGGCGCUGGCCCUGAAAACCAAUGCACCGUGCUGUCUCCGGAGCGAGGCACUGGAGUACCCAGACUCCCGCGGCGCGACCGUAUUCGGCAGCUCGCAGCGCUGCGCGCCCGAGAAGGCCGUGGUUGCCAACGCGGCGGCGGUGAGAGAGUGGGACUCCAACGGCACCGUCUUCGGGUACAACCCCUCGAUCCCAGGCCACACGGCCGGGGAGUUCGGGCACAACGACUUCUACGGGGUCGUCAUGGCCGCCGCGCAGGUGACCGGGACCGUCAACGGGAAGACGGCGCUCAGGGCAAUGAUUUGCUUGGACGAGAUCCGGGGCCGCCUUGCCGAGGUCUUCAGCCUCAAGAGCUACAAGAUAGACCACGUGAUGCACGGCGCCAUCGCCUCUGCGGCGGUCUACGGCGCGCUCGUGGGAGCCUCGCCCGAGGAGAUCGAGAGCGCGAUCGGCAUGACCGUGGCGCACUACGUGCCGUUUCGGGCCAUCCGGGCCGGGAAGCAGCUGUCGGACUCCAAGGGCGCCUCCGCCGCCCUGUCGGCGGAGGCCGCGGUGCUCUCGAUGCGCAGGGCCAUGCGCGGCUUCGUGGGGCCCAAGGAUGUCUUCCGAAACCCCGAGAGCAUCUUCCGCUUCUUCGAGCCCACCACGGGCGUCGACAGGAACAAGGAUCUCAUCGACGUGACCCUGGGCAACAAGACCCGGUGGGGGCCGGGCCCGUCCCCCUUCAACCUGGUCCUGACGCACUCUGGCUCUGACUUCGCCGUCUGCGGCAUGCACUUCAAGAUAGGCCUGUACGAACACCAGUCCGCUGGUGCGCUGGAAGGCCUAAUCUCAGGAGUUGCCACGGGGCUCGCCACCAGGGGGGCCGGCCACGAUGCGGUCGAGCGCAUACACGUCGUGGCCUACGAGCCGGCCUACGGCAUCAUCGGCGACCCGGCGAAGAAGGACCCCAAGACCCGGCAGUCAGCGGACCAUUCGAUGGCCUUCAUCGUCUCGAGGAUGUUGUCGAAGGCCCUGGAUCUGCGCGCCGUGCCCAGCUCCAGCGACGAGGCCUGGAAGGCGCUCAUGCUGACGCCGCACGACUACGGGAAGGACGCCUUGCUGGACGAGAGGACCCGGUCCCUGAUGGCCAGGAUAACUUUCGAGCACGGCGGGCCCGAGUUCGACAGCAGAUACCCCGACGGCAUCCCCACGUCAAUCGACGUGUUCGUCAAAGGCGGUGGGAAGUACUCGAGCGGCCUGGUGAUGUACCCCUCUGGCCACGCGAGGAACACUACCGCCGACCUCAGGGAACUGCUCAGGAACAAGAACGAGGUUCUCGGGGGGCUCGUGUUCAAGGACGCCCCAGCCUAUGAGAAGUUCAUCGGCCCCCUCGUGCGAAUGAAGGAGCUGUCUGCCGAAGAAGUGCAGCUGAUCUACAGCUACGACUUCUCCUCAACGCGUCAGCACGCGUGCAUUGAUGGCGAGAGGGAGGCACCCGUGUCCAGGCUGUGA